UCUGUCUUCCGGAAGAUGAAAAUGCUGUGAGAAACCUACGGUAUGGCACCUACUCGGUUGCGGCGUUUGGCCAUCAUCGCCCUUAUCGGCGCGGUGUUAAUGAUUUGCAUCUGCCAGCAACGUACCAAGUUCGACACUAAGCCGAUAGAUCUCGAGGAUCAGUACCCACUACUGUACCGUCAUGUCCACACACACAAUACCGAGGGAGGAGCAUGGUAUAUCCCGCCCAAAUGGACCAGCGCAUCCAAACCACCUCCGAAGAAUAUUGUCGAAGCGGCCGAGCUAGCUCUUAGCGCCGCCCGAGCUUCCCCAGACGGGUACCUUCCUCACUCAACAAUUCCUAUGAUCGUACAUCAAACCUGGAAAAACACAAGAAUCGACACCUGGCCCCAUAUCAUCCGUCACAGCGCAGAGCGAUGGCUUCAGACUGCCGAAGGCGAGAUGGCCUACUUUCUGUGGACAGACGAGGGAAUGGAACAAUUCAUUCACCACUUUGAGCCGGACCUGGAGAGCCACUAUGCGCAUCUGGCGCGCAAUGUUGAGCGAUCAGAUGUGUUUCGCAUCGUGAUCUCCAAAUGGAUUGGAGGCGUGUAUGGCGAUAUCGAUACCGAACCGCUUCGCAAACCUGCCGACUGGAUCACCCCGACCGAUCUGCAUGCCUGGAACGAUACACGAGCCGGUACAUCCUAUAACUCGACCGCCCCAGUACGCGCGAUUGUCGGCCUCGAGGCUGAUUGCCCUGAGGGGUCCGAUACGUACUGGCGCAUGGGCUACUCACAGCCCGUGCAGCUUACGCAGUGGGCGUUUGCCUGGGCCCCGGGCCAUCCUAUCCUGCAGACAUUCAUCGACCGGCUAUCAGCAACGAUAGGAGAUAUCUCCAACCGCUACGGUGGAUCACUCCAAUCACGAGCCGCUCGACAAGAGCUUAUGAAUCUGGAUCCGCUCACGCUUACCGGUCCUGCUGCCUUCACCGACGUCGUGCGGAGUAGACUGGAAGAGGUGGCUGGCUUACGCUGGCAUGCACUGUCAGGUCUGAAGGACGGAGGGAAGAGUAAGCUGGUUGAUGAUGUGCUUAUCCUCCCAAUUACUGGAUUCAGUCCGGGACGCGGCAAAUAUGGCAAUAUGGGCUCCAAGCCAAUCACUGACCCUUCCGCGCGCCUGAGGCACCUGGCACAGGGAUCGUGGAGGGCCUUCGACGUGAGAGUUGAGUACGGAAAAUUCUGUCGGACUGUCCUGGGAAUGUGUCGCGACUGGUCAAAAGUGCCUACUGUUGCUGUUCAAUGAUUCGGUAUCUUUUGGUUUAUGAACGUUCACGGCGUUUGGGGGUUGGGGGGAUCAGGAUUAAUCGCGAUUAUAAUAUUAUAAACGGCUUAUAAGAUACCCAAUCAGAUUUUCAUAAUUCAUCUGC